GCUUUUUUUUUUUUAAUGGACAUUCUUCAAGUAUUUGAAGAGGGGAUACAAUCUUAUUUUUCUGAUAUACUUAACUCUUUAGAUGCCGUCAUUAUUGUGGUAACUUUACUGGUUGAUAUUGUUUAUAUUUUUUAUGACUUUAAUGUUCUUAAAGAUAGUACCAGAUUGGCAAUUUUAUUUCAACUUCUACAACUUAAUUUAAUAAGAGUUUUUCAUCUGGCUCAUCAAAAAAGACAUCUUGAAACGCUGUCCAGAAGGAUGGUUUCAGAAAAUAAAUGGCGAUACAAGAAGGAUGGAUUUGACUUAGAUCUCAUUUACAUUACUGGACGUAUUAUUGCCGUGUCAUUUCCAUCUUCUGGGAAGGCGUCUUUUUAUAGGAAUCCCAUCAAGGAAGUUGUACGUUUCCUGGAUACCAAGCAUCGCAACUACUACCAAGUCUACAAUCUAUGCAGUGAAGGAGAUUAUGAUCCUAAGUAUUUCCAUUAUAGGGCCCAACAAAUAAUGAUUGAUGAUCACAAUGUCCCCUCUCUGAGUAAGAUGCUGGCAUUCACCAAGGAAGUAGAUGAGUGGAUGGCUCAAGAUAAUGAAAACAUCGUUGUGAUUCGCUGUAAGGGAGACAAAGGCAGAACUGGAACUAUGGUGUGUGCCUGCUUUAUUGCCAGUGAAAUAUUUAAAACUGCAGAGGACAGCUUUUAUCACUUUGGAGAAUGACGAACAGAUAGAAGCAUCAGCACUAAAUUUCAGGGGAUAGAAACUCCUUCUCAGAGCAGAUAUGCUGGAUAUUUUGCGGAUGUGAAAAAUAUCUACAACUAUACUCUCCCUCCAGUAAAAGUACUCACAAUAAAAAAGCUGAUUAUUUAUUCGAUUCAUGGUGUUAGAAAGAACAGAAAUGAUCUAAAAGUACAAAUAACAACAAUAAAAAGAACUUCUUUUUCUGUUCUGCUUCAAAACUAUAUGAUAACUCACGAUGUUGAAGUAGACAGAGUAAUAAUUAACCUGGCCAGCUGUCCACCUCUGUAUGAUGAUGUGAAAGUGCAGUUUCUCUCUUCGUAUCUUCCUAAAUACUAUGACAAUUGCCCAUUUUUUUUCUGGUUCCAUACAUCUUUUAUACAAAGUAACAGGCUUUAUCUUUCAAGAAAUGAAUUGGAUAAUCUCCAUAUACCCCAAACAUGGAAAAUCUACUGUCCAGAGUUUGCGUUUGAGGUUAUUUUUUGA